AUGACAAUAUGGGCACUGGUUAUCACUACCACAUACACAGCAAAUCUUGCUUCUCUGUUUGUUGAAGCAAGAGUUGAACUGGUCAUCGUCGAUUCCUUGGAAAAAGCUGUGGUCUAUGGCUAUCCCGUGUGCACUCUGGCAUACUCCAGUUCGGACAAUUUCUUAAAGAAAACGGUCCCAAAGUUACACCGUGUGCAAAGAGUGGAUGACAGAUCCUCUUUUGAAUCUCUGACAAAGGGUGAAUGUGCCUUGGCUUUGACAUAUGUUGACAAGUGGCUCAGUGCAAAGUUGAAUCCAGAAUACAAUCCAUCCUGUAACUUGGAAUGGGUGGGAGACAGGGUGAAGAACAUCAAGUCUGGAUUUGCUGUGAAAGCUGAUUCAGGUGACAAGUGCAGCAGCCUUGUUCGUGAUGUUGUCAAUUUACAUUUCAUUGAGCUUAUAGAGAAGGGAGUCCUAGCAGAAGCUUGGAGAAAACGCAGAGAAAUGGAAAAUAAUGGCGACCACUGUGGAUAUGUGGAUGAUGCGCACCAAGACUCCAAUCGACAACUCCAGUUCCAUUCUAACCAGCCAGAACUGACCUCAAAUGGCCGCAAUGUCUCUCCAGGACGUAGAAUGCUAUCGGUAAAGGGGGGCGCAAAGGCACCUGGUGGAGCAACUGAUGGUGCUACCGUUAGUUCGGCUACAUUGACAGUACAGCAAAUGCUUGGAACUUUCAUUAUGCACUGGGGGGCCAUGUUGGUUGCCAUUGUGGUCAGCUGCAUUUCAGCGUACAUUCAGAAGCUGAACUGCUGUCAGAAGAAAGAACAAGUAGUUGAAAAGGUUGUCUACAGGAAGAACGGACCAAUCAUUGGAAUACCACCAAGAUUAAACACUGUUGUGGUCCACAACUUGGAGGACAGCGCGUUGUACAUCGGCCACAACCCCUCAGAAUUAGGAUCAUCACCGACCAAUGACAGAAGGCAGGAGAAUGCACAUCUCGCUAAUGAAGGAUCAUCAGAGAACAAGGACGAAUCUGGUGUUUACAGUAUGCACGAGAGCGAGAGUAGUCCUCAAAACAAUGGAUUCCAUGCACCAACCUGGCAAGCUGGUCUUGCAGCUCUGGAUGCCAAGAUGGAUAUGUUGCUGCAGACGAUGCAAGAAGGUGGUGGUCAAGAAGAAGGUGUUUGGGUUGGAAAGUAUACCGUGCAAAGUUAAUUGAUGUUACGUUGCAUGCAUUUAUCGUUGUCGCCACAAGGAGAGAGUGGAGGUAUGCUGUUCAGGGUCGUUCGCAGAUUCCCCGCAUAGGCUGAGAUCCCGUGACGACUUACUCCGAUGCGACUGUUUCGGUUCGAAACUACAUGCAGAAGAAACAGGGCCGGGAAAAGCUGCUACCCACGCUCGACGCCGUUCUGUUUUAUUAAGUUUAAAAGCCUCGUGGUCAUUGAAUUGAACGAUCGUUGAAUAGACCCUGUUUUAGAGUUCUGGUGCGAUGCCUUUGGAAGCUCCGAGAAGUGGAAGAUCGCA